GUCAUCAUUGUUAUUACUACUUUUAAAAAUGUGUUUACACUUUACAGUUUAACUUAAAAUUUAUUUAUUUUUCAACAGAAACUUAUAGAACUCAAAGGCUGUGCUCAAACUUACAUUAGAAUUAUACAUACUUGAAAAAUUGAUUAAUAUGGACCCGCCAUCGCCAUGGAAAACACCAAAUCAAGUUAUGCAGAUACAUAAACUAAAAAAGCGUAAAAAAGCUUUACAGGAACGUAUGAAACAGUCCUCAAACUCGAUUCCUACAGAAACAAGUUCAUCAAGCAAAACGUCUGUUAACUUAGAUUUCUCUAGAAUUCUUAACGGUGAUAAAAGAAAAAAUCCAUUUUCCAAGACAGCUGCACAACAGAAUAAAAAAGUAAAAUUAGAUGAUACUAUACAACUAGAUGAAUCAAAUGAUAAAACUCUUUUUGCAUUAUUAAAUUUACCUAAAGUAAUUGAGAAACCAGCACAUGAAGUUGACACAGAAAAAUUAUCAACAUUUUCCAAUCUUCUACAAAAAUUCACUGCUGUGCAUACAGUAGAAAAUAAAGUAAUAGAGAAGAAGUACAAGAAACUGCCAAUAGACUGGGCUCUGAAAACAAAAUUAAGACUUAUGUCAGCUAAACCAUUCCCAUGGACAAAUAAAUUAAAAGCUAGUGAGGAAGCUUCAGGAAUAACUGGAUUCGUCCGAUGCUUAGACACAACAUCUUCAUCUACAUUAGACACGUCACCGAGAGCGCGUUUUCAUCAGACAUGUUUAUAUUGGCAACAUCCACACUUGCCUUGGUUAAAUCUCUUUCCGCGGUCUGGCAGAGUUGCGGCCACCAGCUUCCUGGCUACCAAUGAAGAGGUCAAAAAAGCCCUGCUUACAGAAUGGACAGAGAGUUUUAGGUCUUUGUUUCAGCUAUUACGUGCACUACACUGUCCAUAUUUCUAUGUCUGUGGAAACACAUUUACAUGUCUGUUCCUAGCAGCUGGAAUCUGCGGAAUGACUGAACCCACAGCACUAAUAGCACCCACAACUAGGGGCUUCAGACAGACCUUAAGACAAGAGGAUGUGGAAUACACGAUGCCACUCAGGCCUGAUCAAAAGAAGAAGAUGAAUACCUCGGAGGAAGAUCGAAAGAAUACCUCCCACGAUAGUUGUUAUGACACAAUGGACACAGGGGAACAUGCUUCGGGGGAUGAAGAGGAUCCUCAUGAGUUCCUUUCUCAAAUGGGAUUGGAAACUGAUGAAAUUAAUAAGAUAAAUAAUGCGCAGGCCCGACUAGCCCAUACAGCAGAAAGCACAGUCGACAAUGCAGCCGAGUCUUUAGUGGCCGUACGAGGCGCGGAUGCGCAGGCCCUUUUUAAUUUCCUUCUCAACUGCAAGUCUUUAGUCAGCCCCAAUGGACCCUUCGCGGGGGUCCCACCCACUUUGUUAUCUCCUACAGCCUUUCAUGGAGGAACGCUGCAGUCUUUAAAGGUCCGCGAAAACGUAAUCCUAUCAGACAGUAAAAAAUAUUACUCAAUAGAGUUAAGAGGUCCACUUCUGCCGACUGCCCUUCAUUCAAUAUUCAGAGUGUUAAAUACCACAUCCAAUGCCCAAUACAGCGCCACUUUCGCACAUCAUCAGCCAACGCUGGCCUUCUCUUGGGCGGCAAAGGUCAUUUCUGAGGAUGAAUCAACGAAAGAAAACGAGCCCAACCACUUCGCCAAAGCAUUUAACAAGGAAAACCUCUCAGACUGUGGUAUAAGUGAAGAUCUAUUAACACAUUUUUGUUCCUCCGAAACGAAUAGCAUCCUUUCUUUGGAUAGUGUUAAAUAUAAUUCGGAAGAUGAUACGUUUACGUGGUGAUAUUAUGAGCUGGCAACACUAGAGGUUUACCUUGAGCAUAUUGCGGUGACUGAAAAUUUGAAAGAUGUUUGAGAAUUGACACUUAAUUGAUGUUUGACCGCAGAGACCAAAUAAAAUAAAACUAUGUACUACUAUGACGUUGAAUUAAAUGAGGUUUUUUGACCAUUUUCAGCCGAAAUAGAUUGCCGUAAUUAGACACUCAUAUCUGUCAAAUAUUUUCGUGGGUAUAAACAUGAUUAAUUGUUAUAUAUUUAGUGAUUAUGUCUUGAUUUACUUAAAAAUUACGUUUCGGAGACUAAAUUCUGUACUUAGAUAAAUUUUCUAGGUGACAAUUGAUUUGUGCCACGAAAAGUAAACUUAAAAAUUAUUGGUUUAAAAUUGUUGUGUGAUUUCUUUUUAAUAAAAUUUGUUUGAUGUAUGUGUACAAAACUCACAUAUUUCAAGAGUUGCAACGCCUGUUUAAGUCCUGUAUAUGUGUUUUUUGUUUCUAAUCGUAUUAGUUUAAUUAUAAUAAUUAAACCAGAAAACAAAUAUGUCGAAUUGUAACCUUUCUUCAAUUUAAUAAAGAUGUCAGUAACUUCUAUUAUCUCAUACUUAUCCAUUUAACAUGGAACAAUCUGUUAAUAUUUUGAUAUAAUUAUUUUACGACUGCCAUCAUUUUGUUCAUUAAAACUGUCAAACAGUUCUUUGCAUUUUAGACACAUUGUAAAUACAUAUAUUGAUAAGAUAAAGUGUCCUUGAUAUUAAAUCAAUUUAUUACUAAGCUAUUAUUUAUUUUGUGAAUUAAAAUCUUUACAUAAAUGA